AUGUUUUCCUCUAAAAAUAACUCUAACUCUACCUCUACCUCUACCUAUUCUAGCACCCCCUCCGAUACACUAUUCGUCAUGAUGACCCCUUCUAUCCAUAGCGAGUCCACUACAACCCACUCGUCGAAGGUGGCAUCAUUCAAGUCCUCUCGUCGUGCAUACAAGCAAGUCCUGGCGAAGCUUCACGCCGGGCUGACUUUAUUAAAGCCCAAGACGAAGAAGACGAAGAAGUUCGCGACCGGUGGCCAAUUGGCGCCGGUCGCCGCAGAUGCACCUGCUGAGAAGUUUGGACACCCAACUCGGGCUGUCGACCUUCCUGAUGCCUACUAUGGCUGGGAAUAUGCCUCCAAGACCUCGGCCGAGUACAUUGUGAAACUAUUCAACUGCUCCCCUAUUUUGCCUGAAGAUGGGUACCCCGAGCUGGGCGAGUUCAUCGCCUACGCACUGUUCAUUUUCCAGGUCGAUUCACGGGCUAACGACUAUGCGCUCUCUCUCCUGUCGAAACUGAAGAUGGCGCAUCCGGAUUUCCAGCCGGUUUGCGGUCACGCAAUAUACCUUGCCGCGUUGACCCUUGCAGCGAAGAUGACCGGGCACGGAUACGUAUCCCCCGAGUGCUGCAUGAUGGCAGGACAGUGGAUGUUCACUACUGCUCAGAUAGAGCUAAACGAGCAGUUCCUUGGUGAUCUCCUGUGCUGGGAUCUCGACGUGAACCACGAGCAGAUCGAGUCGACCAGGGAACACGUUCGAGUCGGGCGCGAACCUGAUGUGGAACCGGUACCCCUGACCCCUGAAUACGAUGACGAUACCAGUUCCAUUUAUUCGACCGAUUCUUGUUCCUCCCUCUCGACUUGCUCCAUUCUCUCGACAUGGUCGCUACACUCGAUGCGUGGAUGGGAUGAGUCAACCCACAACGACUCGGCUAUCACGACGGCACCGGGCGAGAAGGUCAACACAAGCCCAUACGGUGAUGUCGAGAUCUGGAGAAGUCUUCGCACCUCACAUCCGUCCAAACAGCCCAGGCCUCCUUGGGGUAGUGUGACAGAUGGUUCUGUGAAUAACCCGGUAAACCCAGUAAUUGCCAGACUGGUCCGGUUUAUCGCCGACGCCUCAUAA